AUGCCCCUCAUCUUCCUAACCGGCGGAAGCGGCUACCUCGGGCACGCCAUCACAACCCACGCUCUAUCCAAGAACUACACCAUCCACUCCCUCUCACGCAGUCCCGAAAGCGACGCCAAAAUCACCUCCCUCGGCGCCGUUCCGGUCCGUGGUGAUCUCACCACACACUCCGUCCUCCGUGAGCAAAGCCAAAAAGCAGAUAUAGUCAUCCACCUGGCGGACCCCAUGGCAGGGAACUACAGCCUCCCAUACGAAGAACGCAUCCGUAUCGACGACGAAGCAGUCACCGCCAUCGCCGAGGGAUUAGUGGGUACUAACAAGCCACUUGUUGUGACCUCCGGAUCAUUGGUAGUUGCUGCUACGGGAACAGAGACGGACGAGAACUCGGCACUAUGGGAGGAAGGGAAGGCGCUGAAUGAGCGGAUUGUCUCUGAGAGGAAGAACCUGAGGUGGUGGGAGGAGAAAGGGGUAAGGGUUAUUGUGAUUCGGUUGCCGCCGUUUGUGUAUGGACGGGGAGGGAGUGGGGUGGGGUUGUUCAUGGGGAUGUUUUGGAAUGGUGGUGAUGGGGGGAAGAAGGAGGUGAAGAUUGUGAAGGAGGCGGAGGAGGUGGUUACGUCUGCGGUGCAUGUCGAGGAUGCGGCCGAGUUGUAUUUGCUUGCUGUGGAGAGGGGUGAUGCUGGGGAGGUUUUUAAUGGGUGUUCGGAGUGGGGAGUGACGUUUGGGGAGUUGGGAAGGGCCAUGGCGGAUGUUCUGGGGGUUGAGGUUGGGUUGGUUAGGUUGGAGGAGGCGAAGAGGGUGUGGGGGGAGUUCUUUGCUGGGUUUUUGAGUACGGAGAAUAGGGCUUCUGGGGGGAAGGCGAUGAGGGUGUUGGGGUGGGCGCCGAAGAAGGUUGGGAUUGUGGAGGAGGUGAGGCAUGGGUCGUAUGUUGAGGGGGCGGAGAGGUUGAGGAAUGGUGCUGCGUGA